GGUUGCCAAACCCCGGGUCGGGUUUCGGUUGGCCAGCUGACGCAGGGCCGCCACGCCUGGUAUGACCGAUUCCGGCGGGCCGUGACUCAUAUCCGGUGUGCUAUGACCCUUCACCCCUCGCUCCUGCCCGUCCCCCUCCCGCCGGCUCCAAGAUGGCGCUGAUGUUUUCGGCGCUCCUGGCGGCGGCGGCGGUGGCGGGGACGCUGCUCUUGGUGCUGCUGGGCCGCUGGUUUCUGUCUCAGAUUGUCACCUAUUUCAUCCACAAUCAGCUAAACGUGGAUUUAAGAAUCGGCUCCAUUGGGUUUCUCACAAUUUACAAUGUCAGUAUCAAGAUCUCUUCACAGAAGACGGUGGAAGUAGACAGAGUCUGGCUGUCCUGUAAGCUGCUGAACAAUGAGUUACCUCACUACUUUGCUCUGUGUUUUGGAGAGGUCCGAUUUCGAGCCGAUUUGAAAGCAGCCUCCCAGGAAUGGGCCAAUCCCGGUGAAAAGGCGAUGAAAAGGAGACUGAGCAUCCAGCCCUCAGUGCUGCGCAUGUUGUCACAGCUGCUCUCGGUCCACAUCCAUUCAGUGAAUGUGAUGGUGUUAAAUGCCUGGAUCGCAGAGUCCCUCUGGCACAUGUCUCUAACAAACUGCAUGUUGCUGCUUAACUACAAUGGAAACAACAUCGAGUGCAAGGGCAAUGUGAGCAAGCUGGACAGCAAGCUAAUGAAGAGUAACGGGAUGCAGGGGGAUUUCUGUCUGGUCAACUUAUCCCUGGGUCUCGCUGCCACCUUGGACAUCAGCUUGCCAGACCAGAAGGCCCUCAGCACGGAGCUGCGAGUGCAUAGUCUGCAGAGUGAGCUGCACGAGGGCAUCUUUACGUCAAACACACUGCAGCUAGCACUGUCACAGCCCACUCCACUUCAAAGCAGCACUGAACAGAACCAGGAAAACCCUGAAACAACCAAGGCAGAUGAUGGUGAAACAACUGGUGUCAAAACUGCAAGACCCACAUUCAUGGACUACUUACCACAAGACAUAUCCCUGGACAUGGAGGACUCGAGCAUCACGCUGUCUUUGAAUAGUCAACAAAGGCACCUGCAUUGGAACUUGAAGAUGUUUCAUUUUCACUAUGAGCCUGAAGACUUUUAUCGGAUAAUGCCACAUCUCAUCCUGCCACCUAUAAGAAUCCAGCUAAGCCUAGAAGAUGGACUGCUGUUGUCCCAGAGUCGCCAGCGGAUACUAAGCCUGAGCCAGCUCAGCAGCUCCUUGCAGAUCACAGGCAUUGAUAUUUCUGCUUCCAUCACUAUCCAUACCUGCACCCUGCACUACCGACAUUCUGAGCUUUCGCACUGGUUGGCCCUGUCAGAAAAAUCUACAGAUGCUCAAAUUACAACUAAAAGGCAAUUUCCUUUACUGAGAAUGCCCAUCAGCAUCACUUAUUCAUUGUCGAAUGUCAGCAGCUUUCUCCAGUUUCCUGAUGCACCUGCCUUUGCACUGGGCUUCGACUCUGUCAUUGCAGACACCCAACACCUGAAGACCCACAGUUCUCACUGGCGUGGGAACCUGGCAGUGAAGAAUCUUUGGUGGAGGGCGGGUGAGGGGUCACAGAUUUCAAGAGCUCCCUCUCCAGCCAAUACACAUGUGUGGGGCGAUGUACUUGUUUUGGAGUCAUUAACAUUGCAGGGGAGCUUCAGUCAGGCACAAUCUUUUAUUGGGGAUUUCGCCAAUGCUGUAAACCUAGAUGGCACAUUGAGUCAGCUGCAGGUGGAGAUCUCAGACACGGCAGUGGAAUGCUUAUCCAAAGUAUUGUCACUGAUUCUUGAAGAAAGGAAGAAACAUCAGAGAGCGAUGUUAGAGAUUGACAGCAUACCUGUAAAUCAGGAUUCAGAUUCUCAUGGUGGAUCGGACAUGUAUCUCUGUAAGAUCAACGUUAAGUUGGAAGCCAUCGGUCUCUUCUUUCUCUCCAGCUCUGCAGGUGCCAGCAUUUUGCGAGUCAAAACCUUCUCCAUUGAUAAAGGCACAGAGAACUUAAUCUGUGAGGUGGAGAGGCUGUCACUCAUGGUGGUGAAGACUGUAAAGGAGAGCAUGGAGCUCCGGCCCAGCAACUACGCAAGCUCUGAUCCCUUCCUCUUCAUGUCCCAUUUCUCCAUGGCUUUCUUCAUGCAUGGUUGGUCGUUUGAGCUGAGCUCCUUUGAGGACAUCAAAGUGCAGUGGGAUCCAGUCAGCCACAUGUACCUGUACCACCACAGCCAAGAGGUGCAGCGUCUACUGGAGAGCCUUCGCAAGGUCAUGCUGUUUACCGUGGGUGAGCAGACACUGGGAGGAGAGGGGAGGAGAUCCCUGCACCUGGACCUGGAGCUGAAGAGUCUCAUAAUGAGAGUGCAUGUGACAGGGAAAAAGUUUGUUCAGCUGCAGUUAGAGAACCUGGUCUGUUCAGCCAACUCUGUUGAGAGACUGAUCCAGUCAUCGCAGCUCCUCCUGAGUUUUGAUGGGCAUGACAUCUUCUUGUUCAAGGGACUGGACGGGCGGCUGGAUGAGCCAAUGCCCUUCCGUGCCCAAUGGGAGUCUGCACGCACUCCCAAGAACGAUCAAUGGAUAUUCAAGUUCCAAAGCAUCACUGUGGAGUUCCCAUUCCGCUACGACUUCUCCCAAACCUUCGACAAGUGCAUUAAUGUGCAGAAAUGGCUGAAGGCACUCCAUGGGCUGGCGGGGACAGAAGAGGGUCAAAGGGCAGAGGGGUCACAGCCCCCUGACCUGGUCCUCCAGGUCAGGCAUUUCUCUUUUGUCUUCUUGGACAAUGUUUUUGAGGUGAAGCUGCGUGACGACUAUGAGCUGAUGAAGGAUGAGAGCAAAGAGAGUGCGAAGCGGCUACAGCUGCUCGAUGCCCGGGUGACAGCACUCAGAAAGCAACAUGGAGAGCUGCUACCCGCCCGCAAGAUUGAAGAGCUGUAUGCCGCCUUGGAGCAGACCAACAUCAACAUGUAUGUCCAGCGCUCCCAAAGACUCUACGCCAACACACCCAUGCGCAAGGCUCUGAUGACCUGGGUGAUGACAAACCUGGAGAUCACUGCCUCAGUUGACCCUGCUGUGCACAAUGCUGAGACAGUGAUGAAGGAGAUGGAGAUGAUUGACCCGUUCAGCCAUUUUCCUGAGGAAGACCUCAAGAUGACCAUCCUGUGGUUUCGGAGGGUGCAGUUUACAACGAAAGCAUUUCUCGUUCGAAUCCGGGAUUACCCACGCUACAUGUUUGAGAUCCGGGACUGGAACCUUUCUGGGAAGCUGAUUGGAGCAGAGGAAGAUGGCCGACCGAAUGCACGGAGGAAGGUGAAAAUUGCACUUGGAGAGCCCUGGGGAGAUGCUAUUGUUGAAAGGAACAUGCCACCUUUGAAAUGGUACCACGACUUUGAAUCCCAAAUCUCUCUCUUCACCAUCGUGUGGGGCCCCUGCUGGGACCCUGCCUGGACUCUGAUUGGACAAGCUGUUGACCUCCUCACCAAACCUUCGACUGACCCAAGCCCACCCCUCAACUGGUGGGAUAAAAGCCGCCUCUUGUUUCAUGGAUCCUGGAGCAUGGACAUUGAACAGGCCAACUUACACCAGCUUGCUACGGAGGAUCCAUACAACACAACGGAAAACAUGCAUUGGGAAUGGAAUAAGUUACAAUUCAACUGGAGGAAUUGUCAAUUUAUUUUUAAAGGUGACCUUGAUGUCAAUGUCCGAACUGCGUCCAAAUAUGACGAUUGCUGCUUUCUGCACCUGCCUGAUCUAUGCAUCACCAUUGGCCUCCAGUGGAUCAGCCGAGGGAACCCCAAUGACCACCAUAAUGUCUCCGUGUGUUCCCCAGACAUGCUGGAAACCCGACCAGAUACAGAGAAGCACGAUUCCUACGAACUCUUUCGAUCCGAGAAUCUCAAUUUGUCAAUAACCAUGGAUCUGAAUCAGUCUGGCAGAGAGACCACAGAGCCCCGAAUCCUGUUGUACAGCAGCACUCUACGCUGGAUGCAGAACUUCUGGGCAACGUGGACGACCGUCUCCAGACCAAUUUGCCGUGGGAAACUCUUUCAGAACCUGAAACCGACCUUCGAGGAAAUGCGUCUGUCUGCUCUGUACACUCCAAGUCAGCUGAAUAAAAUUACAAACGAGGCAUUGAUGAUCUCCAGCAUAAAGCACCAUGCAGUCCUAAGUUUGGAGGAAAGGGGUGUUCAGGCAGCUCCGACAAGCAACCCCAGUGACAGAGAACUCACGAUAGACUUCCACGUCACUCAGCCCUUCCUGGUGGUGUUGUACGAUAACCUGACUGGCUCUUUACUGCAUAUCGGGAAGGUCCUGGAUCCCAGGGGUCUUGUGGGACACUCUGGUCUUCAAUAGACAAUGGAAGAAAUCUGGAAUAUUAUCCACAAACAGAACCAUCACAAAAUCACCAAACUUUUCACAUAAAAUACAUUCCCUUUGACAUCUCACCCAUAGCCCUGAUCUGUUCUUUCAGACUUACCUAAGGUUUUACUUUAUCACAGCUCAGUUCAGAUGAACCAAUUUCAUCCCUCAGUAACACCUACCCUGUCUUCUGUACCCACUGGGAUUGGCACAGCCCCUGGGUGCCUGGUUCAUAUCGAUUAUUGACUAUGUUAAUUCCCUAGGGCAGUGAAGGCUCUGCAGAAGCUGAAUGUAUUCUCUCAGCAAUGAUCGAGGAAGAUCAGCAUACAGCGAGAAAAUAAAACUGUGCAGAACA